AACAAUCUGAGGAUGUAUGGACAGAUCUAACAAGGUGAUGUCAUCUCGGGUCAUCUUCUGAUGUCAUGGCGACCUCUUCCUGCUCCUCACAAGGGUCGGCUCCUGGUGUCCUGGGAAAGGUCCCACAAACCCCCGGGGAUCUUAUCAUAUAUUCUCUGGAGGAUCUGAAAGGAAGUGACUUCAAGAGAUUUAGGAACAAAUUGUCUGAUUUCUCCUAUGAAGAUAAACUUCCCAUCCCCCAAGGAAAACUAGAAAAUGCAGACUGGAUCACCACCAAGGAUCACCUGAUAGACACAUAUGGAGAAGAAGGGGCUCUGGAUGUCGCCAUUCAUGUCUUUACACUCAUUGGUCUGAUGGGACCCGCAGAUGACCUCCGGGAGAGGAGAUCACAACAUGCCAAACUGAAGAAGACGACACAUGAGAAAACAUUAUCAGUGUUUCAGGACUACUUUGCUGAACUUUAUGCCCCUAUACCGAGUUAUGACGUUGAUGCAUUUGAAACCCUCCUGGGGGGCCUGGCCCUCCUGAGGUUGUCUGAUGAUGAUCGUCUGGCCUUGGAUGCUAAAAUCUCCAAUAAAGAGAUAGUGGUGGCUAUUUUUGAUUUUCCACCCCAUAAAGCUCCGGGACUGGAUGGUUUCCCGGCAGACUUUUAUAAAAGCUAUGCCGAGGAGAUAGCUCCUAGAUUUAAUGCUCUUCUAACUCUGUGUUUGGAAUUAAAUAGACUCCCUGCAUCUAUGAUGGAUGCGUAUUUGGUUCUGUUGCUUAAACCGGGUAAGGACCAUCUGGAGUGUUCUGCCUAUAGGCCUAUUGCUCUCUUGAAUGUGGACCUUAAAAUGUUGAUGGAAGUCCUGGCUAAUAGGCUUGUCAGGGUGAUCUCCUCUCUGGUUGAUAUUGAUCCGAUGGGGUUUAUGCCUGGGAAGUCUACGGACACUAAUCUGAGAAGGCUGUUUACGCAUCUCCAGCUCCCCGGGCAGGAUGCUGGUACUAGGAUCAUCGUGUCAAUUGACAUUGAGAAGGCCUUUGACUCGAUUGAUUGGGGGUAUAUGCUCCGGGUGCUGGAGAGGAUAGGAUUUGACCUCAGUAAGGAACACAGCGAGUCUGAGAAAAAGAAGUUCCAGAGGAUUCCAGAAUAUAAUCCCUGUAUGGGGGAGGCUGUUCAUCUACAGGAAAUAUUCACCAAGUUAUUGAUGAUAAUCAGACCCCAGAAUAAAGAGGGAAAAGAAGAAGAAAUAAGGAGUUCAGGGAGAAGACAUCUACAGAACAUGGAGAAAAGACCCCCAACCACAAUCCCGGCCCUCUUUGACCCUGAUAAAUGUGGGUUCAUCCCUAAGAUUGUUGUGUUACAAGGAGCUGCUGGGAUUGGGAAAACAAUGACCUCCAAGAAGAUCAUGCUGGACUGGGCCUCUGAGGAUCUCUACCGAGACAAGUUUGACUUUGUGUUUUAUCUGAGCUGUAGAGAAAUCAACACCAUCCCUGGAGACAUAAGUCUUGUGGGACUUUUAUCCAGAACCUGCAGACUGAGUUCAGGUGACCUGGUGUCUAUUCUGGAGGAUCCUGGAAGUCAGAGAAAACUUCUCAUCAUAGUUGAUGGGUUUGAUGAACUGAGGUGGACUCUGGAGGGGAAAUCUGAGGGUUGUCCUGACAUUUCUAUGGAAACCCACAAAGAAAUAAUUCUCCAAAGCUUGCUCAGGAGACAGGUUCUCCCAGAAUCUUCUCUGAUCAUCACCACAAGGUCACUGGCCAUGGAGAAACUUAACACAUUCAUUGCUGAUUCUCGCAAUGUGGAAAUCCAGGGAUUUACAAGGGAAGAUCGGGAGGAAUAUGUCCAUAAUUUCUAUGGAAAUAAAGAAGAUGCAGACAAGGUUCUCCGUAUAAUAAAAGACGAUGACGUUGUGUACACCAUGUGUGCCGUCCCCAUCACAUGCUGGAUUGUCUGCACUGUAAUGAAACAAGAAAUAAGAAGAGAUUUGGCUUUAAUUCGGUGUCAUACGAUGACUUCAAUUUACCUUUUCUACCUGGAGGUUUUACUAACCCAUCACAGCAAGAAGGAGCCGUCUGUACGCAGGAAACAAACCUGUCUGAAGAAGCUGUGUGCUCUGGCCAAUCAGGGACUUCUGACCCAACAAAUCUUAUUUGAGAAGAAAGAUCUAGAAAGACAUGGACUUUCUCUGGAUGAGGUGGAGUCUGUAUUUCUGAAUGAGAACAUCUUUCAUUGGGACGUCCGAACCCAGACCUGCUACAGCUUCAUCCACCUGAGUGUACAGGAGUUCCUUGCUGCUCUCUAUUAUGGGAUGGAUGAUGGUUGGUUUGGAUUUAUGAAACAUAUUUUCCUCCCGAAGAUCUGUGAAGGGAAAUCACUCCAUGAAUUCAGUUCAGAUUACUCACAUUUAGCAUUAUCUGUACAAUUCUUGUUUGGUCUCUUAAAUGAAAAUCAGGUGAAGACAUUCUCAGAGAUCACAGGAAUCUCCAUCUCACUCCGAGCCAAACCUGCAAUGAGAAAAUGGGCCAAGAAGGACAUCAAUCAGGAUUUCUGUACUCAGACCAUCUCCUGUCUGUAUGAGACUCAGGAUGAGGACUUCAUUAGGAGAGUCAUGUCUGGAUGUACAAGUUUGGAGCUGUGGGGCUCACGUACUGAUCACUUGUGGAGGGACAGGAAUUAUUCCAAGCAGCUGAUCUAUUGCUUGAAGACUUUGAAGAGAGAAAGUUUUCAGUCUUUAGGUUUUGUAUGUCUCACUGUGGGUCCAGAGUGCCAGAAACUUCUCUCUCCAUUCCUACACAGGAGUCAGAAGGUCGGGUAUAAAGAUUGUCUGGGAGAGGACAAAGCAGAAGAAGAAGAUUCCUCCUCUUCAGGAUAUGAAAGGAAGUCUGAUUCUCUUUCCUUUCUGAUGAACUCGGAGAGUAAAAUUCAGGAAUUACGGUUGUGGGGAUGUGGUGUGACUUCCUCCGCCUGGGAUGAUCUCCGAUCCAUUCUUAUCAAUAAUCGAUCCCUUGCCAGACUGAAUUUAGCAGGGAAUAAUCUGGAAGACUCUGGAAUAAAACUUCUAUGUGAGGGGCUCAGAGAUCCUGGCUGUACUCUGCAGACACUGGAGUGAGAAUUAUCCUAUAAAUGAUAUAAUAUUCUGCAGGAUUCUGAUAUAAAUCUUCUAUGUGAGGGAUCCAGACAUGUCACCUAGAUGAAAGUUAUACAAAGACAGACUUCUGAUUGGCCGGUUACACUGGGAGUUCCCAUCAUAGUCCUUCAGGUCACUCGCUGUUAUUGGCUUUCACCCCCUCCCCCCUCCACUGACUAUCAGAGAUCAGACUUUGG